AUGAGGCUGUCUGGUUCCUCCCUCAGCGUCAGAAACAUGGCGAUCCGGGAGCUUUCGUCGCUGGAGAAAUAUCUAGGACUGAAAAAGCCCAACAAGUACACCACACAAGGGGACAAAAAGGUUCCAGUGUUGCAGAACAAUGAUGGUCCUCCUCUCGUUGGCCUGGUGACAGUCGGCUGUCAUCUGGUGAGAGAGGCCAAGCGUCCGGAACUGCUGGGGGACGGAGCAGAGGGCAGAGCCCUGGUGCAGCAGUGGUUAGAGUACAGGGUCACAAAAGUAGAUGAAUGCAGCAAGGAGGACACCAGGACCAUUCUAAAGGAACUAAACGCCUACCUCGAAGACAAAGUGUACUUUGUGGGAAACCAGAUUACUUUAGCUGAUUUCUUCAUGUACUUUGGAACUCAUUCACUCAUUGUGGGCUUGAGCGUUCAGGAGCGAGAGCAGUUGUACCAGUCGUGUGGGCAGCAGCAGCAGUUUGAACAUCAGCCCCUGAGUCAAGAGAUCAGAGACGGGCUCCAAUCAGUCCCACUACCACCACUGUUGAUGCUGCGGGCCACAGCGCAGGCAGAGAGAGGGGGAGAGGCCAAGCAGGCUCACCAGCUGCCACACACAUCCAGCCAGCCAAGGCCAGAGCCGGGGCCCCUGGGCGACAGACAGCCACUGCGUGUCAUUUCACUGGCUCUCCCACGGGGCGAGCACUGGAGAGAGGCGGCCGCACCGGGGAGAAAAGAGCACCCACGGGCCCCGGGAUCCUUCUGUGACAUGUGA